AUGAUCUCCUGGCUUCUACCUGAGAGGCCUCACUUCGUUAAGGAAACCAUGGAAUCUUCGCCCGUUGCAGUCCUUCGUCGGAUAUUGUCCUUCUUCCCUCGUGUUGAAAGACUUUGGAAAUCCAGACAGGAAUUACAACAGUGUGAAUCCGUGGCCCGAACUCUGGAAAAAGAAUUGGCAAAAGUCCAACUUGGUCAUGUCUGUGUUUAUUUUGGAAUGUAUCUGAUCUUGGCAGGAAUUGUGCUCAUGUUUAAUUACUUACUAAGUAAUAAGAAGCAGGAAACUGAUUCUGAUGACGAAGAGCAAAACAAUGAUAGGUCGUCGAUGGAUAGUUCACUUGAUCAAACCGAGGAAACUGAGGAGGAAAAUCGAAAGUUGACUGAAAAGACAAGUGAACCAGACAACGCGAAUAAAUUAGAGGCAAUAGAAAAACUGAUUGAAGAAAAUGCUCAUUUUAAGAAAAAGGAAGAGGAGAUGGAAACGAAGUUUGACCUCCUCUACUAUAAAUAUGAAGGCCUUCAAAAAAUAAAGGAGAAAGAGAAGGAAUCAGCGAACAAAACUAUUACUGAUCUCAAGGAAAUGAAUGAGCGGCAUAGAAAACACAAAACCGAUGAAAUGGAGGAAUCAAAUCGCCUGAUGAAAGAAGAGCUGGGAAAGGGCAAAGGAAGAAACCGAGCCCAGAUGGAGAGGCAAUCACAACUUCUGAAAGAGAAAGAAGAAUUGGAAAAGGAUAUUAAAGAACAAGCUCAUAUCAUCGCAGAGAUGUCUGAAGAGAACGGCAGAUUACAAAAAGAACUAAUGGAGGCAAAGAUGAACGACUUCGUGCGAGGCGAACAGCAAAAAGCUCUACUGACCGAACUAGAUGGAUUAAAGGAGAAGAUCAGUUUCCUCGAAAAUAAGUUGUCCAAGCCUGUGGAAGAGGAAGAGAACGAAGCCUCAGAGGAAGAUCUACCUGAGGAGAGCGUCCCUCUUCCACAGCAAGUCAGUCAUCUCGGUAAUGAUGAGGAAACGUUGGAAAACCAAGGACGACCUGCGAAAAGAAAAGUGACCCUAAACAGAAACUUACUCCAAGGAAAGCUGCAGGCUAAAGAGGAACAGAAGGAAGACGAAAAAGUUGUUGUAACUGUAAAGAAAAGAGCAAAAGAAACAAAAAGAGAAGACCAAGGAGUUGUAGAGAAAGAUGCCCACAAGGAUGACACGGGGAGCAAAAAGCCCCAACAGGUUAAAAAGGCUGAUCGAAAACGGAUCACCUUCGACUUGGAACCAGAUCAGCCUAAGCCAAACAAAAGUGUCUUCUCGCGUUUUACAAGACUUCCCCCUCAACAGGAGGACAACUGUAUAAUCUUCAGAGGGGAAAAGGUAAAACUUAGAUGGAUUGAGGAAACGGAUGGAGAAGUGAUAGCUGAACUGGAUGUCCCGAGGAAAUUCCAUAAAGCUAUCAAUGGAACCCAGGGGAGGACACUAGAGGAAUUACCAAAAGAAGUGGGUGUCACACUCAUUGCACUGCCAGGAAGGUAG